AAGCCGAUCAGAGUUGACUCACAGUGACACAAUCAGUGACGAUAUCACAAAUUGAAGAUAUACCACAAACGCAUUCUAUAUAUUAUAACCGCUAAUCGGAACUGAUAUUCUAAUCAGUCAUCAACCAAAAUGGCCGCAGCAACUCAAACUGACCUCAUUCCUCACGUGGCACUCGGAACUCAAGGCUUCCAGGUAUCAAAACUGGGAUUCGGUUGCAUGGGACUCAGUGGAGCCUACAAUGAUCCUCUCCCGGAACAAGAUGGUAUUUCCGUUAUUCACUAUGCAUUCACUCAAGGAAUCACUUUUUUUGAUACUGCUAAUGUUUAUGGAGUCGAUGGUGCUAAUGAAAUUUUGGUCGGAAAGGCUUUGAAGGAAUUACCUAGAGAAAAGAUCCAGCUGGCUACAAAAUUUGGUAUAUCUAGAGGAGAUGGUCCCGGUUUCGGUGGCAUGAGCAUCAAGGGUUCACCGGAGUAUGUGCGCUCGUGUUGCGAAGCUAGCUUGAAACGUCUUGGUGUUGAAUAUAUUGAUCUCUAUUACCAGCAUAGAGUCGAUACAUCUGUGCCUAUAGAGGAUACGGUAGGUGAACUUAAGAAACUUGUGGAAGAGGGAAAAGUGAAGUAUAUUGGUCUAUCUGAAGCUAGCCCAGAUACGAUAAGGAGAGCACACGCCGUUCAUCCAAUUACAGCUGUGCAAAUAGAGUGGUCUCUUUGGACUCGCGACAUUGAGGACGAGAUAGUUCCUCUAUGCAGAGAGCUUGGUAUUGGAAUUGUACCGUAUAGUCCUCUUGGUCGUGGUUUUUUUGGUGGCAAAGGAGUUCUGGAAAAUGUACCGGCAGUUAGCACAUUGGCUUCUCAUCCCCGAUUUCAAGCUGAGAACUUGAAGAAGAACAAAAACAUAUAUGAUAGGAUUGAAAGUCUUGGCAAGAAACAUGGAUGCACUCCUGCUCAGUUAGCAUUAGCAUGGGUACUCCAACAAGGCCAAGAUGUUGUGCCUAUUCCUGGAACAACUAAGAUUAAGAAUCUGGAUCAAAACCUUGGUGCCUUAUCAGUGAAACUAUCAGAAGAGGAGCUGAGCGAAAUUUCUGCCGCGGUUCCUGUGGAUGAUAUAGCAGGUAGUAGAUACUACCUUGGAUUGGAUCACUUUUCUUGGAUGGUAGCUAACACACCACCAAAAGUUUGAAGGGUCUCAGCCUCAAGUGUAAGUCCCUGUUAGUUCGAGAAUGCACCGAGUCUUGAAUGAAGUGCAGCAAUAUCAUCUCUCUAUUUGUACUCGACUCGACUAUGACCUGGCUGAUGAACAAAUCAAGACUGUGUGUUGUUUACAUUUGUUCUGCUGUUUUGAUUCUUUAAAUAAUAAGAGAUUUCAAUCAAACUCUUGUAGAAUUCCAUUUAAGAUGAAUGCAAAUGGUUUUUAUUCUUUUGCAA